AUGAAAAUUGAUUGAAAAAGAGGAUUCAGCAUGAAUUUCUACACAUUGCUAAGCCUCAUGCUGAUGCUGGUUCAACCUUGGCCUUGCUCUCCAGGCACACACGACAGCAGUGCCCAAAACAUGGGUCAGCCUUUCACAGCAGUGCGAAGAGUGAAACGUGGCUGGGUGUGGGAGCCCCUUUUUGCAACUGAGGAACAGACAUCGACGGUGCCUGUGUAUGUUGGACAGCUGAAGUCAGAUUUAGCAAAGCAAGAUGGAGACCUAAAAUACACUUUGACUGGGGAAGGAGCUGGAAGCAUUUUCAUCAUUGAUGAAAAUAAUGGCAAAAUUUAUGUAACACAGAAGCUGGAUCGAGAAAAGAAAGCCUUCUACACUCUAAGAGCACAAGCAAUUAACAGAAUCACUCAGCUUCCUGUUGAACCUGAAUCAGAAUUUGUUAUCAAGGUUCGAGAUGUCAAUGACCAUGAACCACAGUUCUUGGAUGGACCUUAUGUGGCCACUGUUCCAGAGAUGUCACCUGAAGGUACUUCGGUUACACAGGUAACAGCUACAGAUGGUGAUGAUCCUUCUUAUGGGAAUAGUGCCCGUCUGCUUUACAGUCUCGUUCAGGGACAGCCUUAUUUCUCUGUGGAGCCAAAGACAGGGGUCAUCAGAAUGGCUUCCCAAAUGGAUAGAGAAACAAAAGAUCAGUAUUUGGUCAUCAUCCAAGCCAAAGAUAUGUUUGGACAAGCAGGGGCACUUUCAGGAACAGCCACUGUUACCAUCAACCUCUCUGACGUCAAUGACAACCCACCUAAAUUUCAACAGCGACUCUACCGUAUGAGUGUCUCUGAAGAGGCUCCUGUGGGCACUACUCUAGGCAAAGUCUUUGCAGAAGACAGCGACAUAGGAGAGAAUGCAGCCAUGAACUAUUUCAUUGAAGGAGAUAGCUCAGAUGUCUUUGACAUCAUUACUAACAAUGAAACUCAAGAAGGAAUUGUCUUAUUAAAAAAGAGGGUGGAUUAUGAGAGCAAGAGGAUAUACAGUCUUCAAGCAAAAGUUGUAAAUAGGUUCAUUGAUGACCGUUUUCUGAAUGAAGAACCAUUUGAAGAUGAAACCAUUGUCAAAAUCAGUGUGGAAGAUGCUGAUGAACCUCCAGUUUUCACCCUGGAGAACUAUGUGAUGGAGAUUGCUGAAGGGGCUAUGAGUGGCUCACUGGUGGGCAUUGUAACGGCAAGAGAUCCAGACAAGGAAGACAGCCCAGUCAG